AUGAACAACACUGCCGACAUCAUCGCCAACCUUCAGGCUGUUCUCCAGGCCCUCACAGCGACUCCCCCUACUCCCAUCGCUGCUCCAGCCCAGCCAGUUGGUGCAACACAGCCUAGUCCUGCUCCUCUUCCCUCAGCCCCCCCUGUCCGUCAAUCUCUGUCGGUUACUGUUGAAGACGAUGUUCAAGAAGUCAUUCCAGAGAUCUCGACACCCGGUGCAACCAGAGCUGUUGCUUCGCCUGCGCCUUAUUUGACCCAGGCUCGCAGGGUUCAGCAGAUGGUUGGCUCGGCUCCUGCUACGUUCUCACAGCAGAGUUUGCCUGGUCGAGGGAUAUCCGGAAUUGGCAGCUUCAAGAAGAUGGGCCGAGGCGGGUUUCAGAUAAGGGGAAGCGUUGGUCAACAGGUUAUACACGCAUCUGUGAAGCCUGGUAAGCCGAAGAAGCUUGGGCGAAAGAACAAGGUUGCUUUCAUUCCUUGUGGUUCGUUUGUACGGGAGCAGCUCGUACUGGAGACAAACAAGAGGGGUCGCACUGCGGCACUUACCGAAUGCUUGGAAGGCUUACGGUGCAUCCAGAAACUCCAUCUCUUGGAUAACAUGGAUUCGGUACAGAUUACCUCUUACGUAGAGGGAGUCUUCAAGGCUGCUAGCAAGCCCCUUCCUCAUCUUUGGCGAUGGGCCAAACUUACCGCCAGUUCGAAGAAGUUCCAACCGGACUUGACGUAUAAUCCAUGGGAUUUGGAUAUUACCCAAUUGGCCGACAUUUUUGAGGACGAAGCUAUGGCUUAUAUUGUACCGGCCACAUGGGCGGAUGCACUGGAGGAUAAGAAAGCGUUCCGUGAACAGCUAGCCGACGCCCUCGACCGUGAUCCUGCCACAUGGGAUCUGGAGGUGGAGAUUCAAGCUCCCCCUACGAGUAAGGCGAAAGGGAAAGGGAAGGCAAAGCAGGAGUUGGACUCUGAUGUGGAGGAACAAAACGAGUUAGACGAUCCAAACGUACCUAAGCAGUGCAAUUGGUGUCCAGGCCGCUUUCCCCCCGAUCGACAUGGCGCACACCUUAGAAUUUGCGCUGGGUUUCAAAAUCGCUUCGAUGAGGACAAUCGCGACGUACCUCAAGGCUAUACCCCUGAUCCCUCGCCUCCAGUAGCAACAAGGCCACAACCAAAGGCUAAGGCUAAGGCUAAGGCUAAGACAUCCCCUCCCCCGGAGAAACCGGCCAACAUUGGGAAUACCGAAGUCAUGGAUUUGACUGGAACAACCCCGGAAGCCUUACCAUCGGCAAUGACAAUCCCUGAUCUCUACAAUCUAUGCGAAUGUCAGCUCUUGAGCAUGGGUACCACCCAGUUUUUAGGCGUCAUCGCCCAAGUUCUGGAUCAACACCGUGACUACGAACUCGACACCCAAUCUACCCAUAAACCUGGUGCUGCUGCUGUUCCGUCGUUUGAAGAGUUUGCUUGGGAUCACAAUGCCAAGAGUCCCAGUCCUCCUGCCAUGUCUGGAGGGCCAUUAAGCGAGGAUGGUCGGAACGAUGUUCAUUCAGAACAUGACUCGGAUGUAGGGGAAGCAAUAGUGUUACAAAGCACCGACGUUGAAAAUCCUGUGCAAAACACAAUCCCUGUCGACCCCGUUGCUGUAGUUCAACAUGAUUCAGCUGAAACUCCGGCUGCGUCAGCGUCCUCGUCGAAAGUUGGGAAAAAGAGGAAGAGAUCGCCUUAUGUUGGGCCGCUUAGACGUUCGGAUAGGCCUGUUAGGCUUACCAAGACUACUUAG